AUGGGGAAGAAGCCUGAGAAAAAAGACACAAACGAUACAGCCGCUGGAAUCCCAGACGCUUUCAAGGGGUUACUGACUCCCAAGAGCGAAACCUCAGUGGACUCGAGCGCCAGCACUAAACACAAUGAAUCUUACGCUAAGAUAGACCCUCCAGAUGUCGAGAAGUUGGGCCGCUCGUCAUGGACCCUUCUCCAUCUGAUAGCCGCUACUUAUCCAGAGACGCCUUCCAACAAGCAACAAGCCGAUAUGAAGCAAUUUUUGAAAUUGUUCGGUAACUUCUACCCAUGCUGGUUCUGUGCUGAGGACUUUGAGAAGUACAUGACCAAAAACGAGCCUGUGACGGAAACCCAGGACCAAUUGGGUAGGUGGCUUUGUGAUGCCCACAACGAGGUGAACGUCAAGCUUGGAAAGCCCAAGUUUAACUGUGACUUGUGGAAGAAGCGCUGGAAGGAUGGAUGGGACGAGUAG